AAUUAUUAUAUGAUAUUCUAAAAUGUUUCUAAGAAAAGAUGUUAUAAUUUAAAGUUUAUGUUUUUAAAAGAUAAGAUUUAGGUGAUUUAAUUUAUCUAUGAAAGCCGAUCUAUGAAAGACGCAACGGAUUUUCAUAGAUAUGAUUGGCCUGAAAAAAUGAUCCAAGACAUAGACGGGGGUAAUUUUGUUUGUAUAAAUUGUGUACAUAAUAGCUGUGGAUAAAUUAACAUUUGUAUAAAAUAUUUUGCUCAAGGUGAAGCUGCUCACUUGAAGAUUUAUUGCUUAAAAUGUGUAUUUAAAGAAAAUAUAAUUAUUUUUAAAACAUUGUGUUGUUAUACUACAAGUUGUCGUCAGUAUCACGCCCGUUUUUUAUUUAUUUUUGUUAUAAGUUACGUCAGUUUCUAGUUACCCUGUAAUUUGCGCUGCAAAUUUUUAAAGAACCAAGUGCGUAAAGGAAGCAACUUGAAGCUGUGUAAACUAUUAGUAUUAUUUCGAUAUGACUGGUUCAAAUUGGUGUACACACGAUAUAUUACCUACCGACGAAAUACUACUUCAUAAGUCGAUAUUAGAUACAUCUAGUCCUAGCGACGAUGUAUGGAAGAAGUUUCUUACACCCCCUAGCUCUCCUCAAAGUAUUGGAGAGUCUUCAGAGAGCGAAGAAACUACUGAUUCAUUUGACACUUGCGCACGACUUCAAUACGUUUGCGAUAACCUAGAUAUAGGUUUAGAAUUAACAACUCGUUGCACAAAUUCUUUUAAUUUAGGCUUGAAACUGAUAUCUGAUUGUAUGUGGUCAGGAGUUCUACCUGAUUUAUCUAAGAUUCAAUCGAAAGAAAAAUUCAUGUGCACGAGAAAGUUGACUUUAGAUGCAGAAGACCUAUAUCCUUCACCUUGUCCUAGUCCGCUUUCAAACAUGAACAGUUCAACUAGUGUUCCCGACUGUCCUUCAACAAGCGAAUGUGUGGAUCCAACCGCUGUCUUUCCUUUAACGAGCAAUAAUGAAUUCUUGUUUUGUCCUACGGAUACAGAUGAAGAAAUAGACGUUGUAACCAUAGAUUCAAAGCCAAUUAACAUAGUUGGUUUGAAACGUCAAAGUUCUACGUCGAUUGUUUACACAAAAAUUCAAACGACUUCUGUUUUAAAAAGGACUAGAAGCUCUCCAGCUAAAUUACGUAGUGACCGGCUCAUGCGUAAAUCAGCGUUAAUUGAUGAUUUAGAUCCUACUUCACGUCGUGCAUCUCACAAUGUCCUUGAGAGAAAACGAAGAAUUGAUUUAAAAAGAAGCUUCGAAAAACUAAGAGAGUGUGUUCCUAAUCUUGAACGUGAAGAGAAGGCUCCUAAAGUAGUCGUUUUGAAAAAAGCCUUAAUGUAUAUAUUAGCUUUAAAAACAGAAGAAAAAGAGUUGACAGAACAAAAGCGGACUUUGCAAAAAGAAAACGAAGAAUUAAAUUCUAAGCUUAAAAAAAUACUUUUUAAAUAAUUUUUUUUAUUUUUGAAAUUCAUAAAAAAGAAAUGUAUAUAUUUUAUAAUGCGACACUUGAGCAUGCUGUACAUCUUUAGCAUGUUUGUCGAUAAACGAUUCUUAAACACUUUAAAUCCUCAGGUGUUAAAGUUGGUGGUAUAAUUGUCGUAAAUAACACCUGUUCUUCGAUAUUAGCGGUUGCGUGCGAGCACUGCAACUUUACAGUUGUUUGUAUAAUAAAAAAGAAUAAUUUAUUUUA